UACACAAAUCAGUGUUACAUUGGAUUAUUCCAGUUAACAAUUGUGUGCAAAGAUGCCGUUUAAAAUGUAUAUUUAUUAUGCUGCAGCUGUGAGAGAAUUGGGAAAAGAAGGCUCCUUUGGUAACUUGAAUUACAGUAGCUGGGGCCAAGGUGAACCUAACGAUACCAGCAAUCCUGCAAACUGCGUAUACUUGAAGAGUGCUGAUAACUACAACUGGUAUGAUGCAGACUGCAAGGAAAAGCGCCCAAGUCUGUGUAUAUUUUCUCCACAACCAUGCAGAGUGUCUGGUGAUUGUGAAGAAAAUGCUAAGUGUUACAUGGGUCAGUGCCGAUGUAAAGACGGCUUCAGGAGAGAUAUCCUCGGUGAAUGUGAAGAUAUCAAUGAAUGUGAGGAGAAAUCACCUUGUGGUGACCAGCUUUGCAAAAACAAGGAUGGUAGUUUUGAGUGUACCUGCCAAAAUGGUUUUGUGAAAUAUGGCGAACGCUGUUUAUCUGCAAGGACCUGUUCCUCGAAUGAUGACUGUCACACCCGUGCCAGCUGUGUGAACAGCAAAUGUCAGUGUAACCAAGGAUACGAGGGAGAUGGCAAGGACCACUGCGAUAAUGUGAACGAGUGCUUGGAAGAGACAGAUGACUGUUUGAGUAACGCUGAUUGCUUAGACCAUGAUGGAAGUUUUGAAUGUGUCUGUAAGCCUGGCUAUGUUAAGGAUACUUCAGACACCUGUAUCCCUCUUCCAACUGACUGUGAGGCUGUGAGAGUUCGUGAUCCUAAUGCACCCAGUGGCUCUUACCUGGUAGAUCCUGACGGGAAAGGAGGAUGCAAACCAUUUACAGUAUCCUGUGUAAUGAGGGAAGAUGUUGCAAUCACUGUGGUCCCAAGCCACGCACAGACCCCACACCCCAUCCGCUCCAAAAACACCAGACCUGAGGCAGUCAAGAGAGCUGUGGGAUAUACCAAGACUGCUGAACAGAUCAACUGUAUUAUUGAGGCUUCGCAGUUCUGUUACCAGAAUAUGCUAUUUAAAUGCAGUGCCGGUGCAGGUUUUAGUGGAGCCAGCAGUUUCAGCUCUGGUGAUGGACAGGUCCACCCUAUUGACAAGUGUUUCUGCGGAAUGCUGGGCACUUGUGCUAAUCCAGAGGGUGGCUGCAACUGUGAUGGAACACCGAUGGGCGAUCAGGAGGAUGAAGGGAAGAUUAUUGACAAAACUCUGUUGCCAAUAACUUCUCUCAACGUGCCUGGAAUAUCCCCAGGCCAGAAAGCUGCUACUGCUGUUGGACCUCUUAUGUGUGCACAGAAACAGUUUGAUAUUCCAAAGGACUGUGAUGAUGCCAUGAGAAACUAUGGCCUGUCUAAAAAUCGUGCAAUUCUCAUUGAUGUGGAUGGACCAGAUGGUGAUAGUGAUGGAAAUCAACCACCAUUUUUGGUGCAGUGUGAUGUGGAGUCUUACCCUCACACAGGAGUAACUGUCAUCCCACCCAAGGAUUCUGAGACCACUCCAAGCUCCCCUGGAGAUGUACCUGUGGAGUAUCCUGCCCCGCCAAAGGCCAUUGAAAAACUGAUCAAGAGCUCAGACUUCUGUUCUCAGGACAUGUCCUACCUGUGUCAGAACUCUCAACUGAUGGGCGGCGGUGCCAUGGAUGGUUUCUGGACGAGCCAGGAUGGCACACGACGUGAAUACUGGGCCGGCGGUCUGGGUGGACAGUACAAGUGUGGGUGUGGUGUGACCAGGUCAUGUGACCAGGACACCGUACAGUGUAACUGCGACAUUCAGGACGGCAAACAGAGGAAGGACUUUGGUACCAUUAUCAACAAAGACGAAUUGCCUGUAGGCUCUGUUACUCUGAACGACAUUGAUGCAGAAAGCAAGGGCACACUGUCUGUGGGGGCUCUCCGAUGUGGGCAGAAGCAGUUUGGUAUUCCACCAACCUGUCAGCAGUAUAGAGAGAUGGGCUUCACAGAUGACGGCACCUAUUUGAUUGACCCGGAUGGAGCUGAAGGUAACAAGGGCAAAGGAACAAAUGUCAGUCCAUUCCCUGUUGUUUGUGACAUGGUUGAAGAUCGACCUAUUGGUAUAACUAUUGUUGGUCACGACAAUGAGGACACAACAACUGUGGACAAUGCUGAGGACCCAGGCUCAUUCACAAAGGAUAUCACCUACAUUGAGGCCAGCACAGAACAGCUUGAGGCUCUGACAGAUGCCUCUAGUUAUUGUAGUCAGGAAAUGGCCAUCUCGUGUAUCCAGGCAACACUUAGCAACUUGGACAAUCCAUCUACACCAAAUGCAUUCUGGAUUGAUAACAAUGGUGUGAAGAGACAAUACUUUGCUGGCAGUGAAGGAAAUAAGUGUCAGUGUGGAAUAAAUGGAGACUGUGAAAAAGGUGGAAAAUGUAACUGUGAUGCAAACCUUAACAGACUGACGAUAGACAAAGGUGUUCUGGUGAACAAGGAAGACCUGCCUGUGAGACAGGUUAACUUCGGAGACACUGGCGAUAGUGCUGAGGACAAGAUUGACUACAAAGUCGGCAAAUUGGUCUGUCAUGCUUUGUUUGAAACCUGCCACCACAUUCACCAGGCCUACACAAGCCUACCAGGCAUGAAGGAGCCACAAAAUGGCCGCUACAUCAUUGAUCCUGAUGGAGUUCUCAAGGAAGAUCCCUUCAUGGUGGAGUGUGUCUUCCCAUCUAUUACAGUCGUCAAUCUUGAAAGAGCAAAUUACCAUAAGCUACCUGAUAAGCCAGAGAACCAAGGGCCAAAUGCAGUCAAUGUUAAGCCUGUGUAUGUCGAUGCCAGCAUUCCACAGCUAGAGGCUCUGACCGUGGUCUCAGGUUUCUGUCGUCAGUACGCCAGCUAUAGCUGUCAGCACUCACCUCUGAGUACCUAUGGUUCAUGGACCGCCAGCGAUGGAAGCAAACAGCCAGGUUGGGCUGGUAACGCUGGUGGAGACAAGUGUGCCUGUGGAGAAGUGGGUAAAUGUGAGGGAGGUGGAGCCUGUAAUUGUGAUGUAAAUGAUGGAAAACUAAGAAAGGACGAUGGCUGGUUCAUCAACAAGAAACUGCUGCCAGUCACAGAAAUCUCUUUUGGUCUGUUUGAGGGAGACGUAGCUCCAGGGGAAGAGAAGAUGGCUGAAUAUCACUUGGGAGCUCUGGAAUGUAGUAAUGAACAGUUUGGUAUCUUCAAGGACUGCCAAGGACUGAGGAACUCUCAGACCCCCAAUAAUGUUGUGGAGAGUAAUGCUGAGUUGAUUGACCCAGAUCAGGUGGGAGGCUUGGAGCCUUUCACAGUCUACUGUGAGAUGUACAACAAACCUCCGAUCGGAAUCACUGUGAUUCCAGCUGACCUGAAGAAGCCACUGAAUGUGCCAACCAAAGCCACAGAAGUGAAUAUCAUUUACACAUCUGGCAGCCCAGCUCAGCUGACAGCCCUCACUCAGGUGUCCCAGUAUUGUACCCAGGAGAUGAAAUACAGGUGCCGAAACGGGGCACAGCUUGACUUGAGUGGUGACUUAGGACUCUACUCCAGAGAUGGCACAAACUUGGAGUACUGGGCCGGCAACACGGGUGGGUCAGGUUGCGCCGGUGGCAGGUGUAAAUGUGACGGCGGAUCGAACGGUCAGGACAGUGGUGAUGUUUUGGACAAGUUUGUCCUGCCCAUUUCCGCUGUGAAACUGGGAGAGACAAGCGGCAACAGGAAGUUGGUUGUAGGAGAUCUGAGGUGCUCAGGACUUUUCAAGACUUGCCAUGACAUCAAGAUGGCUGGUGCUGAUGUGGACCCCAACUGGACUGGCCAGUACGCCAUUGAUUCCGAUGGUGCUGGAGGUCUGAAACCAUUCGCUGUGCAGUGUGACUUCAUGUCUGUCCCAACUAUCGGUAUCACUGUGGUUAGACCAAAACAGGAUGAAAUCCCUGUGAAAGAUUCCAAGCUUGAGAAAGAAAUUACAUACAAGAACAAAGUAACUCCAGAACAAGCUAACAAGUUGGCUCAAGUGUCAGAGUUCUGUCUACAGGGCAUGAAGUACAAGUGUAAGAAGGCUGCCCUCAUGGGAGCUGGUGGAGCUUUCCUCGGCUACGACGGUACAGUGUCCACCAAGUUUGCUGGGGCUGACAAUGGGGACAAGGACGGCUGUGCCUGUGUGGUACUGGGCACUUGCCCUGACAAUAAAACAUGCAGGUGUGACGCUGAGGGCCCCAUGGAAGUAGAAGAAGGAGACUUUGUGACAAACAGAGACAUCUUACCUGUGACAGGUGUGAAAUCUGAUGGAGUGACUGGGGACGGAGCUGAGGCUUCCUUCUCAGUGGGUAACCUCCGGUGUGGACCAGAACCUUUCGGUUUACCAAAAGAUUGCCAAGAGGCCAUGGAAUUUGGCUACAAGACUGGAGAGGCUUUGAUUCUACCGUCUAACAACGUUGAUCCAUUCAUUGUUUUCUGUGACAUGGAUUCUAACCCAGGCAGAGGAGUGACAGUUGUGCCCACUGAUGUCAAGGAGGUACCAGUGAAUGGACCUAAAGAUGUGCCAGUUGUCUAUGUAGGAGCGAAACCUGAGCAAAUCCAGGCUCUUGUUAGUGAGUCUGAAAAGUGUUACCUGCCCAUGAAAUUCAGCUGCAGAUCAACCAAGUUCUCAGAUGCCUUCUCCAUCAAGGCUGGAGGGAAGAAUGUAACCACCUUUGGGUCAGCUCGACAAAACAGAAUGUGCAGCUGUGGUGAGCAGAAUCGUUGUGGCGGAGAUGAUGGCAGGGCUGCUAUGGAAGUCAGGAACUGCAACUGUGACGUUGGGGAUAACAAGGAUCGCGUGGAUGCUGGAGUGUUUGGUAACCAAGGUGAUAUGCCAGUUACCUCAAUUUCCUUUGGUCCUCAAGAAAAUGGUGGCUCAGGAAGCUUGAGCCUAGGCAGCCUGUACUGUGUGGACAAACCCAUAGAUCUUAAUGAGUGUGACAUUGGAUUCAAUGACUGUCAUGAAAAGGCGGACUGCAUUAACAGGAAUGGGUAUUACCAGUGUGCCUGUCAAGAAGGUUUUAAAGGAAAAGGUCGCCCUGGAGUCUGGGCCAAUGGCAGAGAAUGCUACGAUGAUGAUGAGUGUGCCUUGGGCUUAUGUCCUGACAAUUCUGAAUGUGAGAACACCGAGGGUUCCUACAACUGUAUCUGUAAUCAAGGCUACACAAUGGAUUCAAACAGUGGAACUUGUAUAGAUAUCAAUGAGUGUAAUGAAGUGCCAGGUCCCUGUCAUAAGUUGGCUGAUUGUUUGAACACUGAAUCAUCAUACACCUGUACCUGUAGAGAUGGGUCUGUUGGUGAUGGCGUCCAGUGUACAGAAAUUGCUAAGUGCUCUGUUAUGGAUGCGAGCUAUACCACAUUUGAUAAGCUCACUCUGCCAGUCACCAAACCCUGCCGGUAUAAACUCUCAGACUUUGACUGUGGUAACAGAAGCACCUACUCCAUUGAAGCUUCAUUUUCACAAAGCAUGGCAUUUGCUACACCCAGGUUAAACGAGAUCAUCAUAAGGAGAUCUGGAAAUGUUCUGAAAGUUGGCCAAAACAGGAUUGUAUCUGUAAAUGGUGUCAGAAUUUCCCUGCCAUACUCAGACAGUGACUUUGUUGUACAAAGACAGGGUGAUUUUGUGAUUGUAACCUCCCCAAGAUUAGAACACUGGUCUGUGAGGUUUGAUGGAAGAAAUGAAGCUGAUGUCAGGUACCCAGUUUCCCAAACCAGCAGCAGUUGUGGUUUGUGUGGCAACUUGAAUGGCAAUGCCCAAGAUGAUUACACAGCAGGCGAUAGCUGUUCCAACUUUACAGGCCAGGUGGCUGCAAACCAGCAUGCCUUGUCUUGGUUGAUGUCUUCUGGCCCAUUAUGCUCCUGUGAGGAAGUCACGAUAGAUCCCUGUACACAGGCGUCUGCAUUCUGUGGAAACUUGUUUAAAGAAGAUGGUAUAUUUGGUCGGUGUACUAAGGCUGGUAUUGAUAUACUGGGCAUGAGCAAAUUCGUCAGUUUGUUCGUUACACCCUGUAAUGAGAAGCUUUGCUCAUCUUCUGACCCCUCCCAAGUCGAAUGUGAAACACUCAAGGAUUUCAUCGUGGCAUGCCACGCCUAUAUGGGCGAGCAAUUUGACCCUAACGAUCUUGCCACGAUGGUGCAAAAGAGGAAUGAAAAGUGGUGUCCCAGUCUUUGCGGUCACCUUCCAAAUAGUGAAUACAGAUUGUGUGGACCAUCCUGCCCCAUUUCGUGUGGUGCCCUUGGUGACAAUUGUACUGAUCAGCUGACAUUUUGCAAUGAUGGGUGCUACUGUACAGAUGGCUAUGUUCUUGACAAUGACAAGUGUGUAACUCCCCCAGCAUCCACCUGCGGCUGUGUCAUGGACGGAAAGUACUACUCUGUUGGAAGCAGGGUCGUUAAUGAGGAUUGUAGUCAAGAGUGUAAUUGUCAAAGUGCUGGUGCAGAGAUGGCCUGUGAAGACUUAAACUGCCCCAUGAGCGGCAAGUGUGAAAUCCGGGAUGGCGUUAGAGACUGCUAUGUUGAUGGCUUUAGAAAGACUCCUAACAAUACAUGGGAAGAUAUUGAUGAGUGUGAAGAUGAAAUGUGUGGUGCCAACACAGAGUGCAUUAACACAGAUGGCUCAUAUAGGUGUGAAUGCCAAGACGGAUUUGAGAUGGUGCCCAGUGGAGAUUGCGUGAACAUCAAUGAGUGUAGCGAUGGAAAAGAUAACUGUGAUGCUGAUACAUCGACCUGUAAGGACAGAGACGGAGGCUACGACUGCCUCUGUAAGCAGGGAUAUACAAAGAAUGCAUCUAAUCAGUGUGAAGAUGUGAAUGAAUGUCAGUCUGGCCGAUAUGACUGUCACCGACCUUCAACUGUGUGUAAAAACAUCAACGGCGGCUUUGAGUGUGAAUGCAGGCAAGGAUACAAGAGACUCGACUCCAAACAGUGUGAAGAUAUUAAUGAAUGCGAUUCAGACAUCUGUGGAGAUAAUGCUCUUUGUGGCAAUACACAAGGAAGUUUCUCCUGUUCCUGCAAGGUUGGAUAUACAAAGAAAAAUAGCAAGUGUGAAGAUGUGAAUGAGUGUGAAACGUUAGAUGAGCCCUGUGGUGUGAAUUCUAAGUGUGAAAAUAUAGAUGGCAGCUAUAACUGCAACUGUAAUACAGGCUUCACAAAGGAUGCUGACAACAAAAACUGCAUAGACAUUAAUGAAUGCUCUGAAGACCAGCUUAACAGUUGUGAUGCUGAGAACAGCAAAUGUGACAAUACAGUGGGAUCGUAUACAUGUGGUUGCGAAGAUGGAUUCACGGGGGAUGGAGUUAACGUAUGCAAGGAUGUAGAUGAAUGCAGUAGACCUUUGAUCUGUGGCUACAUGUCCAGUUGCACUAACAUCCCAGGAAGUUUCAAAUGUGAUUGUGUGGAGGGAUUCGCAAGCCCCACCAGCAACAACAUGAACUGCCAGAAUGUUGACGAGUGCUCAGAAAAGACAGACGAUUGCCAUGAGGAUGCUAGUUGCACUGAUACUGUUGGAAGUUACUCUUGUUUGUGCAAUUUUGGCUUCAAAGGAGAUGGUAAAACUUGUACAGAUAUUAAUGAGUGUGCAGGUCCAGUGUGCGGAAGUAAUGAGGACUGUCAAAAUACGGACGGCGGCUACGACUGUAUUUGUAGAAUGGGAUACACAAAGGUCAAUGGUGUUUGCCGGAACAAUAAUGAAUGCGCAAAUAAGGACUACAAUGACUGUGAUGUGAAUGCAGAAUGUGUAGAUACUCCAGGAUCUUAUCAAUGCACAUGUAUCAGAGGAUACACGGGCAAUGGCUUGGAAGGAGACUGCACCUCCAUAGAUGAAUGUAGCAGUGAUGAUUUGUCACAGUGUUCGUCCAGGCAGAUCUGUGUUGACAGAGAUGAUGGCUUUGAUUGCCUGUGUAAACCUGGCUUCAAGGAGUACGGCAGAGACUGCACAGACAUCAGAGAGUGUGAUGAGGAUGACCUUAAUGAUUGUUCUCCUGAUGCUAACUGUAUUGAGGAAGAGGGCUCUCAUAGCUGUGAAUGCAGCGUGGGCUACACAGGCGAUGGCAUCUUCUGUAAAGAUGUUGAUGAGUGCUUGACUAAGUGUAAAGGACCCAAUCAAGUAUGCACUAAUGUGGAAGGCUCCUACACAUGCACAUGUGAAGAAGGCUUUGACCAGAUGCCUGAUGGAAGUUGUAAAGACAUUGAUGAAUGUGGGGACCCCAACCCUUGCCCUGAUGGCUUCACUUGUGAGAAUAUGGAAGGGACAUUUGAGUGUCGGUGCGAUCAACCCAUGACUAACACCGCCGGUGUUGUUGUUGAGUGUAAAGAUUUGGACGAGUGUGUGGACCUGCAAGAUUCAUGUGGUUCUGAGCAGACUUGUGAGAACACUGAUGAUGGAUACACCUGCAGCUGUGAAAAGGGCUAUGUUGUGUCUGGAGAUAACUGUACAGAUAUUGAUGAAUGUGAGGGAUCCCCAUGUGCAUCAAAUGCGGAAUGUAAAAACACAGUAGGGAGCUACAGUUGCAAGUGCAAAGAUGGAAUGCAGGAAAUUAAUGGUGUCUGUAAAGAUAUCAACGAAUUGAGGGUGACGUUGUAUUCCUGUUCUAAACAUGCCAUUUGUGUGAACACCAUUGGAUCCUUCAAAUGCAAUUGUAAAGAUGGCUAUUCAGGGAAUGGAAAGUUCUGUAAAGACGUAAAUGAGUGUGAAAUGAACAAUUUCUGUGAUGAAGCCGUUUCUGACUGCGUUAACAAUGAAGGGUCAUACCGUUGUGAUUGUAAAGAAGGCUACACUAAGGUUGGACAAAACUGUGUUGAUGUGGACGAGUGCUCACAAAGUGGAAUUUGCCAGGAUUUCUCCGAAUGCAUUAACACGGCCGGUUCGUACAAGUGUGAUUGCUUACCUGGAUACGAAGCAUCAGGAGACUCGUGUGUUGACAUUGAUGACUGUGCGUCUGUCACCUGCAUCAAUGGACAGUGUAAGGACAAAGUGAAUGACUUUGAGUGUGUCUGUAAUAAUGACUACUAUCUCCACUCAGAUGGAAUCACUUGCCUGGCCCCAGAGGAUUGCACUUAUGACAGCAGCAAGUGCAGUGCGAGUGCCAACAUGAUAUGUAAGCCCAACGGAGAUCGAUCGUCGUGCCAGUGCAAAGACGGUUUCGUUCAGACAUCUGAUGGAUGUGAAAACAAGAAUGAGUGUGAGGUGAAUGGAGAAGUUAUCUGUGGACGAAAUGAGCGCUGCGAGGACACAUUUGGAAGCUUUGACUGUGUAUGUGAUGAAGGAUUCAGUCGACCUAAACCUGACGCUGAUUGUGAAGAUAUUAAUGAGUGUGCAGAUGAUCCUUGUCCACUUCUCUCGGAAUGCAAGAACACUGUUGGUGGAUAUAACUGUGUCUGUGAUGAGGGGUACAAAAUGGUGACAGAUCCAGAAGACGACACCCAGUCAUGUCAAGACCUGAAUGAAUGUGAUGAGGAAAUGUAUAACUGUCCAUCUAACUCCGAAUGUGUAAAUGAAGUGGGCAGUUACACAUGCAGAUGCAAGAUUGGCUUCACUGGAGAUGAUUGUACAGAUGUCAAUGAGUGCACGAGUAAGGGCAGCUGUAGUCCAAAUGCUGUAUGCAGUAACAAUGAGGGCUCUUUCAUCUGCACAUGUUUGGAAGGCUAUGUUGGAAAUGGAAUUACAUGUGAAGAUCUUAAUGAAUGUAAUGCCGGUAGCCAUGACUGUGCUCAGAACGCGAGAUGUGUUAACCAUGAUGGUGGUUUCAGUUGUGUCUGUCGAGAUGGCUAUUCAGGUCACUGUGACGCCUGUGAAGACAUCAAUGAGUGUGCUACAGGCCUGGCCAAUUGCUCUGCACACUCUAAUUGUAUCAACACCCCUGGCUCCUAUGAUUGUGUGUGCUUGGAGGGUUUUACUGAGGAGGAGGGAGUUUGCCAAGGCACAAUUACCCAGGAGCUUCUCACUAAGAUAAUUGGCGUGAGCUUAUGGUCAGCUUGCUAUCACAGCACAAUUACCCAGGAGCUUCUCACUAAGAUAUUGAUGAGUGUUCACAAAAGGCAGACCUGUGUCAUGUUCAUGCCGCCUGCACCGACACGGAAGGAGGCUAUGAAUGUACAUGGCAAUAAUGGUUAUGCUGGCGAUGGAAUAACUUGUGAAGAGGUGUCAGCAUCCCAGUGUGGAACACUGACAUGUCAUGAGACAGCUGUUUGUGUUACUGACAACCUGUGCCAGUGUCCAGUUGGUUAUGCUGGUGUCCCCUUGGAGGGUAGUAAUGGUUGCCAAGAUUUGAACGAAUGCGAACAGGCAAAUGACUGUGAUCCAAAUGCUGAUUGUGAAAACUCUGACGGGUCUUAUGUCUGCGCGUGUCAAGACGGCUAUAGUGGCGACGGAAAAACAUGCACAAGUGACACACCUGUUGGCUGUGUAGAUAACUUGGACUGUGGCUACUUCUCUGAGUGUCUCAGUGAUGGAUCUUGUGCCUGUCACGAUGGCUUCCAUGGGGACAAUGGAAUCAAUUGCCAGGAUAUCAACGAGUGUGAAAAUGAUAUUGAUGGCCAGCUUUGUGGAGAGAACACAGGGUGCUACAACAAACAUGGAUCCUAUGAGUGCUACUGUUUAUUGGGCUACAGUUUCCUGAACACCUCCACAUUACCUGCCACCUGCUCAGAUGUCAAUGAAUGUUCCUUGAACAUUGAUGACUGUGAUGACCAGAUAGGCUCGUGUACCAACACAGACGGUGGAUAUCAGUGUUCGUGUCCCAGCAAUACUUUCUGGAAUGGUGUCUACUGUGAAGGAAGAGACUCUGAAGGGUGUACAGCUACCUGUUCAGAACGCCAGAUUUGUUCUGGUGACAUCUGUAUAUGCCAGUCGGGCUUCCAGAGAGUGAAUGAUGACUGUGAAGCUGUGCCUAAGUGUGAUUUGUGUGACACAAAUGCUGACUGCUCAUUUGACAAGAAUGUUGGCACGACUUGUACAUGUAGAAGUGGCUAUGAGGGCAAUGGUCGAUACUGUGGAGAUGUAAAUGAAUGUGCGGAUGGUGAAGUAGAAUGUGGGGAGAACUCGUACUGUGUUAAUGUACCUGGCACUGCCUACUGCAGUUGUGUGGCAGGCUUCGUUAUUAAAAAUGGAGUCUGUGUUCCUGAGGGAUCUGACACAGACCCCUGUUCCUGCGGUAGCAAUGGUUUAUGCGAGGAUGAAGCCACCAGAAAGUGCUCCUGUGAUUCAGGAUUCAUUUUCCAAGAAGACCUCAGAGUUGACCGCUGCAAAGACCUCAACGAGUGUAAAGCUGGUGGAUACUGUCAUUCUAAAGCAUCCUGCAACAACACCAUUGGUUCAUUCACAUGUCGGUGUUUACCUGGUUACACUGGUGAUGGCAAAAACAGAUGUGAGCGAAAUGACUGCGACCCUAAUCCAUGCGGGCGUGAUGCCACAUGUAGAAAUGUGGUUGGAGGUGGAUCCUUCUGUGAAUGUCCUUCUGGAUAUACCCUCGUAGACAAGGACUGUGUGAGAGAUAUUCCUGACUGUUCUAACAAUGGUGGGUGUGGAGCUAAUGCUCUGUGCACAGUGGAAUCUGACAAUGAAGUCACCUGUCAGUGUAAGGGAGGUUACGAAGGCUCGGGCUCCAGCUGUACAGAUGUCAAUGAGUGUGAAAAUCCUCUGGUUCAUGGGUGCCACAGCAAAGCAACCUGUUACAAUACUGAAGGUGGUCAUUAUUGUGAAUGUAACACCGGCUAUAGAGGAAAUGGACACCAUUGUGUCGAGAUCAACGAAUGUCAAGAAGAACUUGAUGAUUGCUCUGUGUUUGCUGAGUGUUUUAAUUUGGUGGAGUCCUACAGAUGUGUCUGUAAGGCAGGUUAUGAAGGAGAUGGCAAGACUUGUACCUUGAAACCAGGUUGCACUGUGAAUAAUAUGUGUAGUCCUGACGCCCAGUGCCUGCUGACUCCUGAAGGGUAUGCAUGUGUGUGCAAUUUCGGCUAUACAGGAGAUGGAAUGACAUGUUCUAAACUGAAUGAGUGUGACAAUCCUGAUCUGAACCACUGUCUGCCAAUGUACAACGUGAAAUGUAAAGAUUUGGACAUUGGAUACCGUUGUGAAUGUAAUGAUGGCUACCAACCUGUACCUGGCAGUUCUUCUGUGUGUGAAGACCUAAAUGAAUGUGCUGAUCCAGUUUUGACAAAUUGUGGUGACAAUUCAGAGUGCUCUAACGUACCUGGAAGUUUCCAGUGCGCUUGCAAACCAGGCUAUUCGGGAGACAAUGGACGUAACUGCAAAGAUGUAAAUGAAUGUGACCGCAAAGAAUUGAAUGAGUGUAGUGCAGAUGCCAAUUGUAAGAAUGUUGAUGGCAGUUACAUCUGCUCCUGCAAGGCUGGCUUUGUCGGAGAUGGUCUUACCUGCACAGAUGAUAAUGAGUGCCUAUCAAAGGAUGCUGACUGUCCAGCCAACUCUGUGUGUGAGAAUAAAAUAGGUGGUUACAACUGCCGAUGUCUGCCUGGCUAUGUAAGGGACGGUGAUGUCUGUAAGGAUGAGGAUGAGUGUAAUGUGCAACGUCCCUGCGAUGCAAACGCAGGUUGCACCAACACAGAUGGCAGCUUUACAUGCACUUGUAACGAUGGAUAUGUAGGCAAUGGCAGGCGCUGUGACAAGAUCAACCCAUGUGAUGAGCCAGGGGUUUGUCAUGCGAACGCCUCUUGUAAAACGGAAAACGAUAAAGCAGUAUGCACUUGUAAUCCAGGAUUCUCUGGCGACGGUGUCAAUGUGUGUGAUAGUACAGAUGAGUGUGCUACUGGCAAGGAUAACUGUCAUGACAAGGCUAUUUGCACAGAUCUACCAAAUGGCUUCGAGUGUGAAUGUAAGACAGGCUAUCAUGGAGAUGGGGUUACAAUCUGCGAAGAUAUUGAUGAAUGUGACCCACUCAGUGAAAAUGGUGGUGGUCAUGAAUGUGAUGGAGACAGCAGUACCUGUGAGAACACCGACGGAGGCUAUAACUGUCCUUGUAUUUAUGGCUACAAACAGGAAACACCGCGCACCUGUAAAAGGAUUGACUUAUGCGACACAGAUGCUAAUAACUGUCAUCAGAAAGCUACAUGCAAAGACGUUGCCAGGAAAGUGACCUGCGAAUGCAAUGAUGGCUACGAAGGCGAUGGACUGUUGUGCAAAGAUAUUGAUGAAUGCGUUGGAACACAUGACUGUCCUAAAGACACCACGUGCAACAACACGGAGGGAAGCUACAAGUGUGUUUGUGCAAACGGGUACACAUUGGAUGGAGAUGCCUGUGUUGAUGAGAAUGAGUGUGAUAAGGGUGUAGUGUGUGACACAAUUGCCACUUGUGCUAACAACAUUGGCUCUUACACCUGUGUCUGCCCUGUUGGCUUCACCCUGACUCCUGAUGGCAAAUGUAAAGACAUAAAUGAGUGUGACUUGUCCCCAUGCCAUGAGUUUGCUGAGUGUGUGAACACAGAAGGCUCCUUCACAUGCUCCUGUAUAUCUCCCAAGGUUGGAGAUGGCAUCACAUGUGGAGAUGUUUUGACCUGUGAUUCACUUUUAAGUGUGACAUGUGGAGAGAAUGCUAGUUGUACAGAUGCUGUGGGUCAUCCAUUCUGUGAAUGUGAUGAAGGCUAUGAAGGAAAUCCUGACAUUGGAUGUCAAGAUUUGGAGGAGUGUUUAGAGCCUCGGUGUUCCCCGGGGUCUGAUUGCAUAAAUCUACCAGGCAGCUACAAAUGUGAAUGCACAGUGGGCUACAGAGGAAAUUCUCCCAGCUGUUCAGACAUCGACGAAUGUCAAGAAGGCAAACCUUGUUCAGACAAUGAGAAAUGCAUCAACACAGAGGGCAGCUAUCAGUGUGUCUGCAGAGAUGGGUACGGAGGCAACCCAUGUGCUCCAGUUAACGAGUGCCUUUCAGCACCCUGUUUAAACGGCGCACAGUGUAUCGAUAAAAAGAUCGGGUACACCUGCAAGUGUACACCAGGUUUUGUCCUGAAUGAGGCUACAAUGACAUGUGAAGAUGUUGAUGAGUGCGACAGCUCUCCAUGUGAUGUUGAUAGGGCUAGCUGUCGUAACACUCAGGGAAGCUUCAAAUGCGAGUGUAAGACUGGAUACACAGACGUGAAUGGUGAUGGCAACAUCUGUAAAGAUAUCAAUGAAUGUGCACAAAAUGUGUGUGGUGAUAACACUGUUUGCACAAACCUCGCUGGAAGUUAUUCGUGCAGAUGUAAAUCUGGCUAUGCAGACAGUGGUGAUGGUUGUAAAAAUAUCGAUGAGUGUGUUAAUGACGUCUGUGGUCAAGACAAUUGUGUCGAUUCACCUGGCUCAUAUACAUGUGUUUGUGAUCGUGGUUACGUAAAGGUCGGAGAAAAUUGUGAAGAUGUCAACGAGUGCCAAUCCAGUGAAAGCUUGUGUGGUCAGAACGCUUUCUGCCGAAACAUUCCUGGCUCAUUCGAAUGUCCAUGUGAAGAGAAGUAUGAGAAGGACGCUAGUAACAGAUGUGUCCCUAUUGACCCGUGUCCAGCCAGCAACUGUGCCCCUGCUCCCCGAGGCGUCUGUACUCCAAAUGGAGUGGACUACACAUGUAGUUGUAACCCAGGUUACGAAGGCAUAGGUUGUGAAGAUAUCGACGAAUGUGCAAAGGGCAUUGCUUCGUGUCCAAAUGGCAAAUGUGUUAACAUUCCAGGCCGCUAUGUUUGUGAGUGUGAGUCUGGCUGGGAGCUUGAGAACGGAGCAUGUGUGGAUAUCGAUGAGUGUCUGUUGCCAUCAUCUGCUGCUAAUGCUGCUCGAUGUGGAGACAGGCAGUACUGUGUGAAUUCACAGGGAUCCUUCAGCUGUGAAUGUAAGCUGGGCUACAUAUCGAAAGGCGGCGUCUGUGAAGACAGAGAUGAGUGUGAGGAAAACAAGUGUGAUGCCAAUGCAGACUGCUUCAACACGGAGGGGUCGUACAGGUGUGAUUGUCAUGACGGUUACAGUGGAUCAGGCAGAACCUGCAUAGAUGACAAUGAGUGUAACCUCUACCCUGGAAUCUGUGGGCCUGUGGCCGUGUCUCUUUGCACUAACUUACUUGGAGGAUAUAGCUGUGAUUGUCUACCUGGCUAUGAACUCGUUAACAACAAGUGCACAGAUAUCAAUGAAUGUGAACGAUUCAGUAACUUGUGUGGUUCCCGUGGUAACUGUGGUAACACUGAAGGCAAUUACAUCUGCUCCUGUCCUGAGGGCUUCAUCUUCCAAGAUGGAGACUGCAAAGAUAUCAAUGAGUGCCAAACCGACUUGUUCAACUGUGAUGUGAAUGCUGAUUGUGUCAACCAAAUAGGAUCCUUCAAAUGUACAUGCUAUGAUGGUUACCAUGGCGAUGGGCGUACCUGCACUAAGAUCUGCCGGGAGGGUGUCUGUCCCGAGAGGGCCACAUGCUCUGUGGUGAAUAACCAGGCUGUCUGUGAUUGUAAGUGUCAUGGGCCUCGCUGUUCCGUCCCUGGUCACGUCUGCGGCUCUGACCGCCUCACCUACACCUCGGAGAGUCAGCUGAUCAUUGCCGCGUGCGCUCUGGACAAAGACAUUGUCAGAGACUAUGACGGUCCCUGUCAGGAUUCGUGUGAGUUGGUGGACUGUCCUAACCACCAGGUUUGUACUCUGGACCCAGCUGAUAAUCGCCCUACCUGUGACUGCCCAGUCUGUACAUGGGAUGAGAAGAACACAGGUCCAUUGUGCACCAACAAAAACAGGGCUUUUAACAGUCUGUGUCAUUUCAAGAGGUGGCAGUGUAGACACCCACACGAUGAUUCUGUUGUGUCCCAGUACGGUGCUUGCCCCGGGGAUACAGGCUGCCAAGUGAGUGACUUUGGCCCGUGGUCUCCAUGCAGCGUGACUUGUGGAAAUGGCAUCAAGAAGAAGACGAGGACAGUUAUACUCUCAGACGGCAGUGAUUGCCCACCUCUGGAACAAGUAGCCCAGUGUUACGAGCCUCCCUGUCAAGACGGUCCGUGCCAUGUGUGCACCCAGGUGGGUCAGGUAUGUGUGGUGGAGAACGGUGCAGCAGUCUGUGUCUGCCCUGACUGCAGUGGACAGGACAGAGAUCCAGUCUGCGCUAAGAUCAGCGACAGGCCCGCAGCCACCUACAUCAACAGGUGCCAUCUGCAGCGCAAGGCUUGUUUAGAAGGCAAGAUCUUCACAGAGAUACAUCCAGGAUAUUGUGGGGUGGAUAACCCAAGUGAACCACUGAACUGCUCUGUGGUCUAUCACUUUGGCAAUGUGAGAACACCCGAAAACUGCCUGACAACCAAGCCUCACUCGGUCAACAAAUGCAGUGGCGGAUGUGGUAAUGUAGCAGGACAGUGUUGCCGACCCAAAACCGUGCGCCAAAUCCAUGCCGAAGUGGUGUGUCCAGAUACAAACAGGAAGGUUGUCAAAAUCCCGCUGAUCACAAAAUGUGAAUGCGAUGCAUCAGAGGGAGAGAGGACCGAAGAGGCCAGCACAACAUACCAGGGAUACAAGUUCCUCUAUGGUCAACUACAAUUGUCGGCUGGAGAUGAAUAAAUUAAUUCUGAAUGUUACUUAUGUG